CUGGUAUCGAGAGAAGCCCCAGCCGCGGUCCUUUCGAGCCGGCUCAGGCACACGGAACGAGUAUGCGUCAGUCGGAAGAAUCCAGUUACGACGAGCGGACAGCGAGAGGAUUUUUUUUAUACCGAGAAUUUUUCGAAAAAUCGAAUCGCGAAGUGUGAGUGCGGUGAGAGAAACCAUAAUACCCACGUCUCAACUGGAAGUUUUUACAUUAUUUAUUGGAUAUUUUUAUUAAAGGGACGAAGCUGAUCGCGCAACUGAAGCUGAGCCCGGCGACAAUGAGGCGAGCUGCGCGCUAGCAGAGACUAUGGAAGCGCCGGAAUGGGCAUGCGCACGCACCCCCGGGCCUACCCGUCCGACUACACGGCCGCUCCGUUCCGAUCUGCGCAGCUAUUGUUCGUCUACAUUGUCGCUUCUAUCUACGUACCACAUACAGUUUCAGCAAACACGUCAUCGAUCAACGGUCCGACCUCAGGCAACAUCGUACCGGGCGGUGCGGGGUACCAAGAUGCGGUGCACAUCACCGCCAUCUUGGGCGAAUCGGUGGUGUUCAAUUGCCAGGUGGAAUUCCCCGAAGGCCACCCUGUACCGUAUGUCCUCCAAUGGGAGAAGAAGGUAGGCGACACGGACAUUCCGAUUUACAUCUGGUACGAAAGUUACCCGACUCAUAGUGGGGAAGGGUACGAAGGCAGAGUCUCAAGAGUCGCUUCAGAUUCGAAUUAUGGUGCCGCCUCCCUUAAUCUCACCAAUAUCAGAGAAUCAGAUCAAGGAUGGUACGAAUGCAAAGUGGUAUUCCUUAACCGUUCCCCGAACCAACACAAGAACGGCACCUGGUUCCAUUUGGACGUGCACGCGCCCCCCAGAUUUGUAGUGACACCCGAAGAUGUCAUUUAUGUGAAUUUGGGUGACGCUAUAAUAUUGAAUUGUCAGGCCGAAGGUACCCCGACGCCCGAGAUUUUAUGGUACAAAGACGCCAACCCGGUGGACCCAACGGCCACCAUAGGCAUAUUUAACGACGGUACAGAAUUACGCAUAUCCAACAUACGUCACGAAGAUAUAGGCGAUUACACUUGUAUAGCCCGAAACGGUGAAGGGCAAAUUUCGCACACUGCCCGUGUCAUCAUAGCAGGUGGAGCAGUUAUAAUGGUACCACCCACCAACAAAACUACCCAAGAAGGAGAAAAGGUACAAUUCAAAUGUGAAGCCAAAGCGCAACCAGGUAACGUCACAGUGAAAUGGUUCAGAGAAGGGGCACCGGUUAAAGAGUUGGCUGCAUUAGAGACUCGUGUUACCAUCAGGAAAGAUGGUUCGUUGGUUAUCAAUCCUGUUAUUCCGGACGAUUCUGGACAGUAUCUUUGUGAAGUUAGUAACGGAAUUGGGGAACCGCAGAGUGCUUCGGCCUAUCUUGACGUUGAAUUUCCUGCCAGAGUAACCUUCACCCCCACCAUCCAAUAUUUGCCGUUCCGAUUGGCCGGGGUAAUACAGUGCUACAUCAAAGCCAACCCCCCCAUGCAAUACGUCACUUGGACCAAAGACAAACGAGUACUGGAACCCUACCAGAUAAAAGACGUUGUUGUAAUGAAUAAUGGCUCAUUACUGUUUACUCGAGUAAACGAGAACCACCAGGGUCAAUACACAUGUACACCAUACAAUGCGCAUGGUACCAAAGGUAGUUCUGGUCAAAUGGAAGUACUGGUCAAAAAACCUCCAGUGUUUACGGUGCAACCUGAAGCAAUGUACCAGAAAAAAGUGGGCGAAACUGUUGAAAUGCAUUGUGAAGCUAUGGGAGCUGAAGACACGCAAAAACCUACAAUUCAGUGGCAAAGAAGAGACGGUACUCCAUUGCCUAAAAACCGCAUGAAAAUCCUAGGCGGUAAUGUUACAAUUGAAAGCCUGCGCAGAUCAGACUUUGGGUUCUACCAAUGCGUUGCUACUAACGAAGUUGCAACAAUCGUACUGUCAACCCAAUUGGUUGUAGAAGGUACCCAACCUCAUGCGCCUUACAACUUAACAGGUUCAGCUACCGAGUUUAGUGUUACUUUAAGCUGGAUGCCUGGCUAUAGUGGGGGCCCCGAUUACAAGCAAGACUAUACGUUGUGGUACCGGGAGGCUGGCGUUGCCGAUUGGGCCACCAUUCCAGUGACACCUUCGGGAAGUACUCAAGUCACUAUUAACAGGCUUGCACCUGGUACUACCUAUGAGUUUCAAGUUGUUGGCAAGAAUGCCUUAGGUGAUGGCAUGAUGAGCAAAAUUUUCACCAUUAGGACUACAGAAGACGUUGGAUUGCCCGUGCAAAAUACCCCAUCCCCUAUAAAUAAUCCUGCACCAAAUAAUGAAAAUUUAGGUCCCAAGCCUGGAUCGCCAAGGAACCUUACUGUAACUGAAGUGGAUCACGGGUUUUUGAUCACCUGGGAACCACCUCUAGAACGUAGCGUUGUUAUACACCAUUACGUGAUUAAGUAUCGGACUGAUGGGCCUUGGAAGACUUUGAAUAAGGCUCAAAUACGCCCUGAAGAUACUCAUUAUUUAGUUAAAAAUUUAGUUGGUGGGAGGACCUAUUAUUUCCGCAUAUUUGCGCAUGGUACGCAAAGCUACGAGGGAAGCGAGGAAGUGAAAUUUUCAGUGCCUGCCCGUGUUAAGCAUAAGGCUAUCACGGCUGGAGUAGUGGGAGGAUUCCUGUUCUUUAUCGUUGCCAUUAUUCUAUCAGUUUGCGCUGUCAAGAUUUGCAACAAACGAAAAAGACGGAAACAAGAAAAAGCAUACAACAUGGUAGCUUGUAGAAUAUCCGACGCUAGAAAUGGAAGCGGAGCCGCUGAAAGUCAAGUGCCUUUGAAAAAGACGGUUGAGUCCGAGUCUUACCGUGAUUACGAGAGCGUGUUUAUUAUUCCUGGGACAAGCGUUGACACGAACCUUUCUGAUCAGUCUCGUGUGAUUCUUGCCGCCGCCCAUUUGGACCGCCCAACAGGAGGAAAUCAGGUGAAGGAUUGCAACCCGGCCGCCAUUGAGCAGAGCUGCACCCAACACUCAAGCACAUGUAUUAGCUCUAUUACUAUUUGAUUCUUGCACUACUACUUUACUCGGUUUUUUGUUUUGUUUUGUAUAUUGACGUCAGUGAUUUGGUUGAAAUGGUAAUUUUUUUUUUGGUUACUUGAUUGUGUGA